UAGAAGUAUUAACAUUUAUAUGAAAUAGUGUGAUUUCUUGUGAUUUCUUAAAUAUUAUAUUAUCAAAUAGUUUCAUGUUGACUUACAAAAUUUUCACACUACUAAUCGAAAGUGCUUUUAAAAAAAUAAAAAAAAUUUUAUUUAUCAACAACAAAGGAAACAUUUUUUUCCUCAAUAAAGGAAUAUUUGAAUUACUGAAACAUCAAAUAAUCAUAAUGCAUUCGGAUGGAAUGUUUAAACAUGCAAUUUAACGUCCUUAAUGAUGAAAUGAAGGAUUCUGUAAACCUGUUCAUUACUCUACAAUGCCAAAUAAAAAAAUAUAGAAUUUGGUACAUUUAAUUGUUCAAUUCAAUGUUGUUAUCUAGCAAAACUUUACUUUUUUUUAAAUUUAACGCCAAUAGAUCCUGUCGGGCGAAGAGUAUUAAUCAAGUGAUUACAUCGUAAUGAAUUUUUUUAAAGUUAUAAAAAAGAAUCUGCAGCUAUUAAUUAUAAAGCAAUACUUAAGUGUAUUGGUAACAAUAAAAAAAAUUAAUUGGUUUAAAGGUUUCUUACAAUCCAAACCCACCACAAGCUUUAAAAUUCUACAGAAAGAAUAUAUAAAGGACAUUCUAUCUAAAAGAGUUGGAAGCAAAGGAAAUUUGUAUAUAUCAUUUACUAGCUUUGGAUGAUACGAAAAAAAUUAGGAUUGGCAAAUAUACAGCCAAUUACAUGUUGUAAUGAAAUCGGUUAUUGAUAUCAAAUAUUCUGACCAUUUUAAAUGAUGAGUUUUGGAUGAUUUAUUGCUUACAUUAAAUAGCAACAUUUAUUCUAUGCUUUGAAGGGUGUAAAGUUUUUAUACUUGAAAAUGUUAUUGACAUUAAAUUUAUGUACGACUUUCGUAACAGUUGAUAAAAUCCAGAAUAUGUACAGAUGACAUAGUGUUUGAAACAGUACUUAAAACUGAUAUUCCUAAUAAAAAAGUUCUUUGGUUUUUGAAAAGCAAUAUACCAUAACACGAUUAAGCUGAUUCCACAAAAUAUGUUUUAUAGACAGGACAUAGUUUCUGGUUUCGCAUCUCCGCCUGACGAGGCAUUGCAUCUGAAAUUAAGGAAAACUGUUAAUAACAAAAAGGAAACUUCAUAUUUAGAUAUGGAUGAAAAUAGUCAAUCCUCUAAAAUAGCUAACAAAAACAAACUUUUGAAGCUUAAUUGGUGGCAUUCGCCCAAUCAAUUGCAGGAUGUAGAAGCAAUAUUAACACAAUCGAAAAGAAGAGAACCGGAAAAGGGUGGGAACUCUAAUAACCUUGAAAAUAAUAAUACGGUGUCCUCUACAGUACUGUCCAAAACUGUCUCCAGAUUUUCUGGCACUCAAAGCAAGAUGGGAGGAACAAAAGAAGAACCUGUAUUGGAAGCAGGUGUCGAUGAAUGUGACCUGAAAGACUCACAUAAACUUUUCGACGAUACUAAACCAUGUAUUGGAAUUUUAAAUCCAGAUCAGGAAGAUCAAAUGACUAUAACAGGAUAUCGGCAUUCUUAUAUACGAUUCAUAAUAUGCUGGACUUGUGUUUGUCUUACUGGUGGUAUCUUACGUCUGGUUCUGCAUUGGUGGCGUCAUUGGCAUUUAUUUGCCACUAGCUGCCAAUGCCCUUUAGAUGAGGCUGAAAAGGUUUUGAUAACGGAAGACUAUGAAGGGAAGCACAAGCAGUAUUACGUAAAAAAUAUUCGUGCUUUGAAUGUGAAUAAUCCCAGAUCAUUGUGUCUUAUGGAAACUGAUUUAAAAAACAUAAAACAAGGAAUUAAUGAAAAUGAGUUACAACUGUCAGUUCAUUUUAAUUCUGGACAAUUCAUAAAGUGUUCAUCUAUACGAAUUUUCCGGUGCAAACAGUUGGUAUAUGCGUGGGACACAUCUCUUAGUUCCUUCAAAAAAAUAAAUGGCUUGGAUGUAAAUAUUCCAUGUUCAUAUUAUCACCAACAACGAGGAUUAAAUUCAAAUGAUCAAAUAUCAAGACGCAUUGUUUAUGGAGACAAUCAAAUAACUAUUCCAUUACGGGACUUUAAAACUUUGCUCUUUCUAGAAAUUUUGAACCCGUUUUAUGUUUUUCAAAUAUUCUCAGUUAUCCUGUGGUUCGCAUACGAUUAUUAUUACUAUGCUUGUGUUAUACUUAUAAUGUCAUUGUUUGGAAUUAUAGUCUCAAUUUUGCAAACAAAAAAGAAUCAAGACGUUCUGCAUAGAACUGUUUCCAAUACAGGAACAGCUUGGAUUAUUAACCAUAAAGGUGUAUCAAGUGAAUUCCCAACAAAAGUAUUAGUGCCUGGCGAUAUUAUUGAAAUACCAUCAUCAGGAUGUACUAUGCAAUGUGAUGCAGUAUUAUUAUCAGGUAGCUGUAUAAUAGAUGAAUCAAUGCUUACAGGAGAAAGCGUCCCGAUUACUAAAACGGCACUACCAUCGAAACGUGAUUUAAUUUUUGACAAGAAAGAGCAUGCUAGACACACACUCUUUUGCGGAACAAAAGUUAUUCAGACUCGCUAUAUUGGAUCGAAGAAAGUAUUAGCAUUUGUUAUAAACACAGGAAAUAUUACAGCAAAGGGCGAACUUAUACGGUCUAUUAUUUAUCCCCCACCUGUGGAUUACAAGUUUGAGCAAGAUUCGUAUAAAUUUAUACAAUUUCUUGCAAUAAUAGCUUGUUUUGGGUUUAUAUAUACGUUAGUAUCAAAGGUUCUACGUGGAAUCGAUCCUGUUAAAAUAGUUGUCGAGUCUUUAGAUCUUAUCACAAUUGUGGUGCCACCGGCACUUCCGGCAGCAAUGACUGUUGGUCGCUUCUACGCACAAAAACGGUUAAAGGCUAGUAACAUAUUUUGCAUUUCUCCAAGAUCAAUAAAUGUAGCUGGGAGUAUAAACUGUUGCUGCUUUGAUAAGACAGGAACACUUACCGAAGAUGGGCUUGAUAUGUGGGGUGUUGUUCCAAAAUCUUCUACAAACCAAUUCCAAAUACCAUUAAGAGAUGUUCUACGUCUGCCAUAUGACCAUUUUCUUUUUGGUAUGGUAACAUGUCAUUCAAUAACCGUUCUUAAUGGCAUAAUGAUGGGUGAUCCGCUGGACCUUAAAAUAUUUCAGUCUACAGGAUGGACUCUAGAAGAUUCAAAAAACAUUCCAGAAAAAGAAAAAUAUGGACUAAUUUUUCCAAUAAUAUUGCGGCAACCAAAGAAUUGUACAGAUGAUUUUCCUAAAUCAAACGUUUGUACUGGACUUGAAUUUUCACGACAAUCUUCCGUAGAAGAUUUACUUGCAACAGUUGGUUUCACACAAGCUCAGAAGAAUUUUGAUCAUGGGAUUGUUCGAGAAUUUCCCUUUACUUCGAAUUUACAACGAAUGUCUGUUAUCACUCGAUGUUUAAGUGCUCAUGUGUUUAACGUGUACACCAAAGGUUCUCCCGAGAUGAUAAAACAGUUGUGCACACCUCAAAGCUUACCAGAUGGUUAUUCGCAACAGUUGUCUAUAUUUGCGAAGAAGGGAUAUCGAAUUAUUGCAAUCGCGUUCAAGGCUCUUGACCCUAAAGUUAAUUAUACCAAAAUUCAGCGGCUUUCCCGUGAAGACGUGGAAAGCGAUCUUGAAUUUCUUGGUUUUGUAAUACUUGAGAAUCGCCUAAAGCCAGACACAACUAAUGUAAUCAAUACAUUAAAUACGGCGAAAAUUCGAACAAUAAUGAUCACUGGUGACAACAUUUUAACAGCUAUUAGUGUUGCUCGUGAUUGCGGCAUAGUAAACUCAUCUCAACCCGUGAUUACUGUGCAUGCAGACACGGUUAACAAAACUCAACACACUUGUGAUGAUAAUGACCAAGAUAAUAUUAAAAUGAGUGCCGAAGCGAAUAGACAAUAUAAGUUACAAUACACAUUAGAUUCGGGAAGUAACAUUUGUGCUUCAUAUCAAUUGUCUAAUAAUGACAAUGGGAAUUGUUUUGCGCCCUUUACUACAGUAAGUAACAGUAGCGCUGAAAGUGAGGCGAAACUUCAUCGUAUAACGUCGGAUAGUUCCAUAGAAAAUGAUUCGAAUAUAAGUUAUAAUGAAAGCGUCGUACACAUAAGUAAUAGUUUGGCAAGUGUAGAAACAACAGAUACAUGGACUCAUAAUGAUACAACAGAUGUUCACGUAGAACUUGAAGCCAACAAUAUGCCAGAAGAUAAAUGGCGGCAGCAAUAUACAUUUGCAAUGGAUGGGAAAACCUGGCAAAUUGUAAAGGAUCAUUUUCCCGAGCAACUGGGUAUUAUAUUAACACGCGGAUCUAUUUAUGCACGAAUGUCCCCUGAGCAGAAACAAGCUUUAGUUAUCGAACUUCAAAAUUUAGACUACUGCGUAGCUAUGUGCGGUGACGGGGCCAAUGAUUGCGGCGCUUUAAAGGCUGCGCAUGCUGGUAUUUCUCUAAGCGAAACUGAAUCUUCUAUUGCAUCACCAUUCACUUCACAUAAUUCUACGAUUUCGUCGGUUAUACAUGUUAUUAAAGAAGGCCGAGCUGCAUUGGUUACCUCUUUUGGUAUUUUCAAAUACAUGGCCGCAUAUUCGCUUGUACAGUUCAUAUCCGUUAUGAUAUUGUAUUCAAUUGACUCUAACUUGACAGAUAAACAGUAUCUCUAUGUUGACCUUGGCCUUAUUUCAAUAUUUGCCUUCUUCUUUGGAAAAACGGAAUCUUUUGAUGGAAAUUUAGUAAAGCAAGUGCCACUUAGCUCUUUAAUUUCUUCGACACCACUGGCAUCACUUUUACUUCACCUGGCUGCUGUGACAAUUUUUCAGGUGACCGGUUGGUUUCAUUUACGUCAACAACCAUGGUUUACACCGUUCCAACAAACUGAUGAUGAGCAUUUGGGUUGUUAUGAAAACUAUACUAUUUUUUGCAUAUCUAGUUUUCAGUAUAUAAUUUUAGCAUUUGUUUUUUCCAAAGGUGCACCUUACAGAAAGCCCUUAUGGUCAAAUUUGCCACUGUGCUUGGCAUUUAUUACUAAUCUUGUUAUCAUACUUUAUUUGGCAAUUUAUCCCAGCGAAUGGGUUUCAAACUUUUUCCAGCUCAUAGUACCUCCAGCAAUGAAAUUUCGAUAUAUUAUAAUUAUAUACGGUAUUGCUGCAUUUGCAUGCCAUAUUUUUGUCGAGUCCUAUCUGGUAGAAUAUUUGAUAUUCAAAAAGUAUCAAGUCAAGCGCGAACAAAGUUGGACAACAUCAAAACAAAAAUAUAUGCGUUUGGAGCAUGAUAUAACCCAAAUUGCCAAUUGGCCGCCAAUAACUGAAACAUAUGAACCGAUCCAAUCGGCAGCAUGGGAAGAAGGUCAGCCUAGAUAUGUAAGUUUGAUGGCGGAACAAAACCACGAUCUGCAGAAAGCUUUAUUUCCAGGUUUUUUUGAAUCGUCGCUCAGUUAAUUUAAAGUUAAUUUUAAUAAAAAAUUUUGUUAUCCGCAUAUAUUGCGACUAAAUUACAUGUAUAAUAUAAAGUAUAUUGUUUAAAAAAGAGCAUUCAACAUUUUCAAUGCACAUAAAUUAUUCAUUCUAGCCAUAAAAUAAAAUUAUUUGUACUUAAGUCAUGGUGAUAUGAUGUACAAAA